AAUUUAUCUGACUAUUAAAUAUAUUGGAUUUUUGUAUUUAAAUUUUCUUAAACUAUUGGUAUCAUUUAUAUUGAUGUAGUAAUGAAUAAAUUUCUAUUUCUAUUAUAUUUUUCUCCAAUAUAGAAAGUGAUAUUGUAUUUCAUAAUGAAUAGAAUAUUUCUUUGGUUAUUUGUGAUUCUUAUACUAAUAUCACUUUAUUUUACUGUAAGAUUAAUGUGUUUAAUUUAUAAACUAGUGUUAUGUCCACGUUCCAUUAAAGAACAAAAAAAUCCUUUGAGAACACUAAUUGUUAUUGGUUCAGGCGGUCACACAUCAGAAAUGUUACGUUUAGUUCAAAAUUUAAAUAGAUCAAAAUUUAUGCCUCGUCUAUAUGUUAUGGCUGAUACUGACACUACUAGUAUGGUUCAAGUAAUGAAACAUGAAGAAAAUUAUGUUGACUGGACAAUUACGACUAUACCAAGAUCUAGACAUAUAAACCAAACAUAUUCAUCUUCCAUAUUAUCCACACUAUAUUCAAUAGUUAUGUCAAUGCCUGUUGUAUUAUCAUUUAAACCUGAAAUAGUGUUAUGUAAUGGUCCUGGUACAUGUGUUCCUAUAUGUUUAAUAGCAUUUAUAAUGAGGUUAUUUCAUCUAACAGAUACAUCUAUAAUUUUUAUUGAAAGUAUUUGUCGUGUCAAAUCAUUAUCUUUAACAGGAAAGAUUAUGUUAUUCUUUGCCGAUCUAAUUAUUGUUCAAUGGCCAGAGCUCCAGCAAAAAUAUUCAUGGAGAGUUAAAUAUUUUAAAGAAAAUAAUUAAUUGUUAAAUCAAUGAAGGUUUGUUUUAUACCUAAUUAGAAAUAUAUUUAAUUUGAUUAUACAACCUAUUAGUUUUUUUAAAUAGAAAAUUUACACUUUUAAUACAUGGUAA